AGACUGGAGUAUCCAAGAGUCCAUGAUGAGAGCCCUGCUGCUCUCUGCUCUUCUGGUGUUGGGGGCUACCUGGCUUGCCCAGGCUGCUGAAGAGUCCUGCAUUGGGCGAUGUUUAGAUGGAUUCGAUAGUGGCAAGAAAUGUCAAUGUGAUAACUUAUGCAUAUAUUACAAGAGCUGCUGCCAGGACUACAUUUCAGUCUGCAAACCAAAAGAGACACGAGGAGAUGUUUUUUCCUUUGCUGAAGAUGACUUUAAUGAUACUUUUAGCGACACCUUGAAUCAAGAGUUUUUCACUACUACAGCACCUGCAGAGGGGCCUGUGGAAAUGACUGAUGCGACUUUUACAGAAGAACCCACUAUAACGCCACCUGCCACAGAAGAGAGCCCUGAUGAGCUCUGUAGUGGGAAACCCUUUGAUGCUUUCACUAAUUUAAAAAAUGGUUCUAUCUAUGCUUUCCGAGGAAAAUACUUUUAUGAACUUGAUGAUCACCGUGCACUAGAUGGAUAUCCAAAACUCAUUAAGGAAGUGUGGGGUAUAGAAGGUCCAAUAGAUGCUGCAUUAACUCGCUUGAACUGCCAGGGAAAGACUUAUAUUUUUAAGGGUACACAAUAUUGGCGGUUUUCUGAUGGAACCAUGGACUCUGGAUACCCACGUGCCAUUGACGAUGGAUUUUCAAACAUUCCAGACGAUAUCGAUGCUGCCUUUUCUCUUCCAGCCAGUGAUUAUCAGGGCACUGAAAAAGCAUACUUCUUCAAAGGUAGUCAGUAUUGGCAGUAUGAAUUCAAAAACCAACCCACCAUGGAAGAGUGUAUGGCUUCAUCCCCGUCAGACAUGUUCACACGAUAUGUAAUGAUCCAAUAUGACAGCUGGGGACUAGACCUUGACUUUCUCUUUGGAGGAUGGUUUAGUGACAGCAAUGAAGCUCCCCGCUGUAUAAGCAAAGACUGGAAAGGUGUUCCAAAUACAAUUGAUGCUGUGCUGCCAAGCAGAUUUUAUGUUCCUGAAAAGAAAAAGUCUCCUCUACGUCGCAGUAGAAGACGAAAGACCAACCGAAGAAAGAGCAAAAAAAUGGGUAGCUGGUUUGAUACAUAUGACCUUUUCGGCAGUUUUAAUUCUGAUGAAGAUGAUCCUGAUUGGGUUCCUCCUGAAAGUCCUCCAAAAUGCCAGCCAAUACAAAGUGUUUACUUCUUUAAAAAUGAUAAGUAUUACCGUGUAAACCUCCAGACAAAGCGUGUGGACCACGUUUCUCCUCGCUACCCACGAUCCAUUGCACAAUACUGGCUGGGAUGCAAGACAUCUUCUAAGGAAAAGAAGUCAAGAGGCUGAUACUUUGCGUAGCAAUUUGUUUUACAAAACA